GAGUCAACUGGUCAACAGCGAGCCGCGGGGCAGCCGGGAUUUAGCCGUGGGGGGCUCCUUCGGGUCCAAACAACCUACUUUGUUUUGCGUUACUGGGACUUUACGGACCACCAGGACCAUGAGAGCUGUCCACUACUGUCCACUGCUGCUGCUCUCUUUCCUUCUCCUUGCGUCCAACAGCAAAGCUCUGCAGUGCUUCACCUGCAUGGGCUCCAACAACGAAGACUGCAACCGUCAAGGCUCCAAGUCGUGUCCCAGCCACUCCGACGCCUGCGCCUCCGUGGUCGGCCAUGACAGUGGAGUGAUGAAGUCAUGCAGCUACAAGUCCUUCUGCAGUCAAGCCAACAGCCAGGGCUACAGAGCACCAGGGGUCCGAGUUCACUGCUGCUACAGCGACAACUGCAACGUGACCAGCGGUGCGCUUCCUCUCCGAGGAGUCCUCCCCUGGUUUCUGCUUCUUCCGCUGCUGUGCUGUUUCUUCUUCAAGUGAAGCCUGGACCAAACCUUCUCCAGAUCUUCCCACUCUGAUGCCAUGGAUGAUGACAUCACAGAGUUCCUGGAAAUCAAGGAGGCUCCAGGCAUGAGUUAAAAGGGACUAAGAUGUCGCCAAGCGUCUUUCGGUGGAUUUUGAUAAACCAAUCAGAGGAGAGGAGAACGUGCUUCACCAGUGAGCGGUUUGACUCUGAGCAGUUUUACUGACAGUGCAACCAAACAAAAAGCCAAACGACUUUUCUCUUUUUUUAACUUGUGAAGUAUGAAUAGUGGUGUUAGCUGGUCGACAGGAAAGAAUCUUGAUAAUGGUGAAGACGGUGCCUCAGUGUGUUUCGAUGGUGGUAUUUGUGUUAAAAGGCAUCUGCACAUGUAGUCUUUUGUUUCUAGAAAAAAAAAACAACUUUAUUUAUUUAGGGUUACAUCUGUUGAUAUUGUGGAACCUCAGAAAAUAUAUUUUAUUUUUCCAGUUCAUUUGAAAUCCCUCAUUUUAAGUCGUCCAUUCUGGUGUUGCUCUCUUACUUCUCUUCUUCUUUUCUUCUCCAUUUCCAACAUCCUUGGUUCAACACUGUCUCCUCUCCACACGUCUUAAACAUGUGACCACCUUAAGUUUGUCUCCAAACCUCCCCACCAAAUACUUCCCAAAAAACAGUGUCACCAUCUUUGAUUUUUCAGAUUCUACCGUGUCUGCACUUUCUUCUUGACCUCCCUUGAUCUUGGAUCAUAUCCACCUUCCCACUCUGGACCAUAUGUGGCCCUUGAACAUUAAAAUGCUAUUCUACUAUUAUACCACUAUAUAUAUGUUCAGUGUUAAAUAAAAAAAAAAACACAUAAGGCUACCUGAUGAUCUUGCUUAAAACUACUGAGUUACUAACAGAGUACCUGUACCUGUCCGUCCCAUGAGGAAGCGAUGCUAAUUUUGUAUUGGUCGAAGCCGGCAAACUUUUUUUCCCCCCAAGUAUGUUUCUUGACAAUAGUAUGCAAUUUACAUUGUACACAUUUGCAAAUUGUUAAUAUUGUCUUUUUCUUCUUUCCCCCCAAAACAACGGGGAUUCAUAUUUAUACUUAUAUUUAUACUAAAAGUUUUAUUUUAAGACAAAUAUUUUCAAGACAUUAAAAGAGCUUUAGUUUAAAUGAGGUGAUAUAAAAACUUGAAUAUAGACACUAUCGUGAUUUAUUGUGCUAUUGUCGAUGCAUUGAUGCAAAAUAAACAAUAUUUUGUUGUUUAAAUGUAUAUAUGGGUCCAUCAUUUACUUCAGUCAUAUACCAAAUUCAUUCAAAUUGUACUACAUACGCAUGCAUAGGUAAAUUGAAACGACAAAAGAAAUAAUAUAUACAGGUCAAGAUUGUUAUAAAAAUACAAGAAAAAAACACAGGCGCACAGAGUGAACGAAAAAUGUCAAGAUAUCUUGCAUCUUCAUCAGUGUUUGAUAAGUGAAUGUGUUGGUUUAAAAAAGAGACCUAAAUAGGACGUAUGAGCAGUGGAUAUUUGACUAAUUGUCAUCAAACUUACUGACAACAGAACCCAAGUUGAAUGUCACAGUGACACGUAUGUCAUGUUAUAUGUGCUUGUCGAGGAUGGCGUUUAUUAUCUGCUAUUAAGCAGACUAUUUCAGACGUUUUUAGUGUGUAACACGAGCAGCUGACUGGGGACCUGACCGCGUGCUCCAGUGAACUGUGAGGGAAGAUUAAGUUUAAACUAAAUGUGAGCUGCUGCUUGAGGUGAAGGCAACCAGAGGUGUGUGAGAGAGCCUCGCGCUAAAGCCAGAUUAGCACCUCACUCCAUUACCAUAAGCCUUUUACCUGUCACUCAGGUGUGUCACGGUGGCGAGGAUAAUCAAGUUACCUAAAUAGUCAGUGAGUAGAGAAACAGAACCUCAGGUCACCCGCAAAGACUGUCACGCUACUUUUCUCACCUUUGAUUUUCGCGCCUCACACCAGAAAAUGAUGGUCCAGUUCACCGACCUUCCACAUGGAUGAGUUUCUCUCUGUUGUCUUGUCCGUUAUACUUGAAUAGAGCCAUUCUUUCGUUGUAAAUGACAAUAUAUUUACUCUGCUAUUUCAAGAAUAAAACGUAAUGGCAUUCGACAAACUGCUACU